UAUCACGAAAAUACAGAGUGAAAGAGAGUGUGUGCAGUAUGGCGUUGAAGCUCAUUCUGGAGAGUCGGAAUUAUUCGGUUGGGGCCAUGGGAAUAGCGAAGAAAUGGGUUGUCGUUAAGCAUUUUGAAGGAGAGCCCAAGCCAUCGGACUUGAAGAUCGUUGAGGAAGAACUGCCGCCGAUAAAGGAUGGAGAGUAUCUGACUCAAGCAGAAUACAUAUCAGUCGAUCCCUACCAGCGCAGAUACAUCACGAAGUUCCCCGUAGGAAUAACGAUGAUUGGCUCUCAGGUCGCGCGGAUAAUUGAAUCGAAGAAUCCGGAUUAUCCGGUGGGGAAGAGAGUCGUUGGAUGGCUGGGGUGGAGGACCCACACUAUUCUCGAUGGAAAGGAAUUCUCUGGCGCCGCUCUUGUCAAUCAAAUUCCGUACAUUCUUCCCGAGUUGGGGGGCCUCCCCCCGUCGCUUGCACUGGGGGUUGCGGGGAUGCCAGGAAAUACUGCAUAUUUCGGCCUGCUGGAGGCAUGCAAUCCCAAGGCAGGUGAGACCCUAGUGGUGACUGGAGCUGCUGGAGCCGUCGGCUCCCACGCCGGGCAAAUCGGGAAGAUAAAGGGCAUGAGAGUGAUCGGAAUAGCCGGAUCCGACGAGAAAUGUCGAUGGCUGACUGAAGAACUGGGCUUCGACCAUGCGAUAAAUUACAAAACCGGAAAUGUCGGGGAGGAACUGAGGAAAGCAGCUCCAGAAGGCGUUGAUUGCUUCUUCGACAAUGUGGGUGGACAGAUAUCCAGCACAAUCAUCUACCAGAUGAAGCUGAUGGGGCGUGUCUCGGUGGUCGGCAGUAUUUCUUCCUACAACGACGACGAGAGGGACAUCGCGACCCUUCCGAAGGCGACGAUAAUCCAACCUGGCCUGGUGACGGGCCAACUGACGGUCCGAGGGGUUCGCGUGGUCUACUGGCUCGACCGCUGGAUGGAGGGCAUCAGCCAGAACCUCCAGUGGAUUAAAGAGGGAAAGCUCAAGUACAGGGAGACCGUCACUGAUGGAUUUGAAAGCACGUUCAAAGCCUUCACUGGAAUGUUGAAAGGAGAAAACGUGGGGAAAGCCAUUGUUAGAGUUUGAAAAGCCUCUCUAAAUGAGGAAAAUUAAUUGUUCAUCGUUUCUGUGUUUAUAUCUUUGGAAAUAAAAAAAUAUUUUGGAUAA